AUGACUAAUUGGAGAAAAGCAAUCGAAGUAUUUAAUACGCAUAUUGGUGGUGUAGCUAGUGCUCACAAUGAUGCAAGAACACAACUUGAGGCUUUUCAAAAUCAACGACAAAGUGUGUUACAUUUGCUACAAGCGCAGGGGUGUGGAAUGGAGGUUGCAUAUCGCACUCGAUUAACGGUAGCUUUAGAUGUUACACGCUUUCUUUUGAAACAAGGUUUGCCUUUCCGUGGACAUAACGAGUCAUUGAGUUCCUCAAAUAAAGGUAACUUUCUUGAAUUGAUUGAGUGGUAUACCCAAAGAAAUGAUGAGGUUGCCAAGACCAUGAAUGGAAAUGCCCCUGGAAACAAUCAAAUGAAGUCUCCAAUAGUUCAAAAGGAUUUAACACGGGCUUGUGAUGCUGAAGUCACAAAUGUCAUUCUUAAUGAUAUAAAAGACAAUAUAUUUUCUCUAAUGGUUGAUGAGUGUCGAGAUAUUUCAAUCAAAGAACAAAUGGGAGUUGUUUUAAGAUACGUGAACAAACAUGGAUGUGUUAUUGAAAGAUUUCUUGCUAUUGUACAUGUGUCUGACACUUCUGCUAUUUCUUUGAAGAAGGCUCUUAUACUGAAGGAAAAUUCAUCUGCAAGGUAUAUCCAUUAUUUUGGUCACCAGCUUCAACUAGUUGUUAUUGCAGUUGCUAAAAGCAAUCGAAUUGUGAGUGAUUUCUUCCAAUAUGUUACUAUGAUUGUGAAUAUUACUGGUGCUUCAUGCAAAAGAAAAGAUAAGUUUAAACAACUUGAACAUGAUAGACUUGUAGAAUGUUUGGAGAAAGGAGAUAUUGUUACUGGCAAAGGAAAAAAUCAGGAAAUCAGUUUAAAACGACCAGGGGAUACUCGUUGGGGUUCACAUUACAUGACUAUUAUCCGUUUGAUGUCUACGUGGACUUCUAUUUUACAAGUGCUUGAAAAUGUGUAUAAUGAUGGUACUAAUGAUGAUAAUAGUGGUAUCGCCAUCAGUUUGAUUGAUAAGAUGGAAAGUUAUGAAUUUGUGUUUAUGAUGCAUUUGAUGAAAUCUUUAUUGGGAAUCACAAAUGAAUUGUCACUUGCCUUACAACAAAAGGAUCAAAACAUUGUACUAGCUGUCAGUUUGAUCAAGAUAAUGAAAGUUCUUGAUAUGAUGGUUCAAGAGAUGAAUAAUCGAUUUUCAGAAUCAAGUAUGAAGGUACUUACUUGCAUUGCUUGCUUAGAUCCAAAGGACUCUUUUUCUCAAUUUGAUAUUGAUUUGGGAAAUCUUGCUAAAAAGAUGGUUGAAACAGACAAGAAUACAAUUUUUUCAUUGGUAUAUCGUUUGAUCGAGUUAGCAUUAGUUUUACCAAUUGCAACUGCUUCUGUUGAAAGAGUUUUUUCUGCAAUGAAAAUUAUCAAGAUCGAUUUGCGUAAUAGGAUGGGGGAUGAGUGGAUGAAUAACAGUUUGGUAGUAUACAUCGAAAAGGAUAUUUUUUCUACAAUUGAAAAUGAAUAA